AUGCAGAGGAACGGAGCAGAUGGCGCUGGAUUUGUCUAUUGCUACAAUAGCCUGUACAGUCUCCUCUUCUAUUGGGGCGUCAUUACAUUUAGGCUGCACAGUCAACGCAAUGGUGGCCCCAAGACGACGCCCUUGCAAUUUAUCUACGCAAUGACAAUGCGCUUGGCAUUGAUUCUUGGCUUUGUGGCCGGCAUUUACGUUAAGCUGAACGAUCCACAAAUGUCGCAGGCCAUGUUUAGUCAUAUGACGCCGCUGGUUAAGCUAAUCUUUAGCUGGGAAUCGCUCUCUUGCAUUGUUAGCUAUUUGCACUAUUGCGUUACGCUCGACGGUCAUCGCAGACGACACAUUAGACUGCUGGCAAGCAUGCAGCUGCUGGACGCGAGAAUCUCUGAAGGCUUUCCCCAAGUCCAAUGGAGAUACCAGCGCACACGUUCCAAGUAUUGGUAUGGCACUGUUGGCAUCACCAUCAGCUACUACUUGGUCACGCUGGCGCUCAUGCUGGACACGACACGUUGCAGCUGUGGCUUGGCAUCCACCUUACUGAUUGCCUGCACCUAUUCCUGGCUAACGGGUAGCUUGGGUGCCAUGGGUUUUGUGCACAUUGCUCUUAUGGAUUAUCUUCGUCUGCGUUAUCGCCUCAUCAUGAAGUUACUGCAGCAUUUCUAUAAAGGCAUCCACCGGGGCAAGUAUGCAACGGCUCAAGAGCAGGAGCAGCUGCAUCAACAGAUUGGGAAACUCUUUGAGUAUUCCAAGUGCUGUUCCCAGCUGCUGACCGAGAUGAAUGGCGUGUGUGGCGCUGUGGCUGCCACAGGCAUAUUCUACGACUUCACCCACAUGACCUGCUUUGUCUAUGUGCUCUGCCAGAAGCUGCUGCGCUUCGAGCGACUCGACACGCAAUAUGCGUUCCUUACUCUACAUCUGGUGGUGCACGUCUAUAAGGUCAUCAUCACUUGCAGCUAUGGAUAUUCGUUACAGCGCGAGAAACGAAACUGUUUGCGUCUGCUCAGUGAAUAUGCUGUGCACUUUAAGCAAUCCAAGUCCAUACAGUCUUUCAUUGAAUGCUUCCAGCACUGGCGGAUGCAUAACAAUCAUGUGGCAACCAUUGGCAACAGUUUCACCUGUAACGUAUCCAUGAUUUAUGUGGUUUUUAAUGGAUUGAUAAGCUACGUGAUUGUCCUCGUGCAGCUGCUGUUUCAACUGCAGCAGAAGGAUAAACAGCAAGGACAUCCUUUAGUAAUUCCAAAGGAUGUUGAGCUAAUUAAGCCAAUAGGACAAACUACUCAUCAAGAUUUUAGUCAUUAAACUUGGACAAUUUAUUCAAAGACACAAAUAAUAAAAUGUUUGCAAAAUGUUCACAAAACUAUAUUAAUUAUUAAUAAAA